GGCACAUUAAAGCAGCAGAAGAAGAAGCAGUUACUAGAAAGUCUUAGCGGUGUUUUGAUAAAACUGGAAGCGGAUCAAGUGUAACAGAAUGUUGUUGAAAACAAUUGCCACGACCUGUUUUUCUGGAUUGAGAAAUGGCUUUUACCCUGGACAGUUCCUCCCUGCUGCUACUUUAAGACUGCAGCAUACUCAGGCUGAACAUGUUGGGCAGCCUGGACCCUCAACCCGUUUAGAAUCUUCCUCUGCCAAGACCCUGAUGGACAUUGGGACGCGCCGGAUCUUCAAUGAAGACCACGAUCUUUUCAGACAAAGCGCCCGUCGAUUCUUCCAAGAGGAGGUGAUUCCACAUCACAAGGAGUGGGAGAAGGCAGGUCAGGUGAGCCGGGAGGUGUGGGAGAAGGCUGGUGAGCAAGGCCUCCUGGGACUGAUGAUACCAGAAGAGCACGGUGGUGUCGGAGGAGACUUGUUUUAUGCUGCUGUCAUGUGGGAGGAGCAAAUGUAUUCCAACUGCUCUGGACCAGGUUUCAGCCUCCACUCCAACAUUAUUAUGCCUUACGUCUCUCAUUAUGGAACAAAAGAACAGAUUGAGCGCUUCAUUCCCAGGAUGGCUGCUGGGAAAUGUAUCUCUGCUAUCGCCAUGACAGAGCCCGGAGCAGGCAGUGAUCUUCAAGGUGUGAGGACGUACGCAAAGAAAGACGGUAGCGACUGGAUUCUGAACGGCAACAAGGUGUUCAUCUCAAACGGUUGGAUGUGUGACCUGGUCAUCGUCGUGGCCAUGACCAACCGUGAGGCGAAAUCCCCAGCUCAUGGCAUCAGUCUGUUCCUGGUAGAGGACGGCAUGAAGGGCUUCCAGAAAGGACGCAAGUUGGAGAAGAUUGGUUUGAAGGCACAGGACACUGCAGAACUAUUUUUUGAGGAUGUACGACUCCCGGCUGAUGCUCUCCUCGGGGAGGUCAACAGAGGUUUUUAUUACCUGAUGAAUGAGCUUCCUCAGGAGCGUCUUGUCAUUGCUGAUCUAGCUAUAGCAAGCAGCGAGUUCAUGUUCGAGGAAACGAGGAACUACGUGCUGCAGAGAAAAGCUUUCGGCAAGAACCUCGCUAACCUACAGACUGUGCAGCACAAACUGGCAGAGCUGAAGACUGACAUCUGCGUGGGCCGAGCGUUCAUAGAUAGCUGCCUUCAGCUCCACGCCGAGAAACGUCUGGAUGCCGCCACUGCCUCCAUGGCCAAAUACUGGGCAUCUGAAACCCAGCUGAAGGUGGCUACUCAGUGUCUGCAGCUCCAUGGAGGCUGGGGAUACAUGUGGGAAUAUCCAAUUGCCAAGGCGUUUGUGGACUCACGUGUACAACCCAUCUAUGGAGGCACCAAUGAAAUCAUGAAAGAGUUGAUUGCCCGCAGCAUUGUCAGCCCCAAGUGAAAAACGAUUAACUUGUUAAAUAGUUCUGAAAAAAUACAAGGAGACGCGUGAAGAAGGGUAGGAUGUGAAUGAUCUAAUGAGGUUAAGCAGACUGUAUAUUUGUUAUGGUACAAGAAAUGAUUACAUGAAAUUAUUCAAUAUCAUUUCAUAUGAGAUGAGAUAAAAUGAGACUAGAUGAUUUUUAAUAAGCUGAGUUUAACAUGAGCUCUACCUUUUUGCUGAGUUGACAUGAUAUUGUUUUGUUUUGUUUGUUUACAUGUGUAAUAUGACAAUUUAACUACGUGUCUAUUAUGUGGUUGUUAAUUCUGAUUGAGUCUGUUGAUGGAGUUUAGUUGUACUGUAUUAUAAUAAGCAAACACUUGGUUUAUAAAUUUCACUUUAAUUGUU